UCACACACACAUAAUUUUACCCUUUCCCUUUUUCUGCUCUUAAUGUGCAGUGGUGACUAACGUUGCCUUCAGUGUGAAUUAAAAUAGACUAACCCUGGAGCAAAGCAGCUCACAGUGGCACAGGGGGAGCAAGAUGUGCGCUCAUGUACAACCCAAACUUCACAUGCACAAACACAGCUGGGCGAAUUAAACUCCAAAUGAAUCGUGACAAACGAACCGCUAGUGUCAAAAUUGAUUUUCCACAGAUACAAGAAGCAAUUACUAUCCGUCUUCUGAUCCUACCAUCCUGGAACAGGCAUCCGUGACAAACAAUGAGAGAGGAGGCUGAGCAAAGUGGCGCUGAAGGUUUGUAACUUUCACACAGGUAGAAGCUGGAAGACGUGUCUGUUUCUAUAUUGGUGGUUUGAGUAAACGUUUUAACCAAGUCAGCGCAACUUGGACUAUUCUGAGAGGAAUAUAUGUUGGAAAAUGAGUCACGUUAGGUGGUGAUGCGCGUCAAGCUUGGAGGAGAAGAGCGGAAGGCGGGGACAGUGUGGAGGCUGCUUUGGUCAUUGGUUUGUCAAAGGUGCAGACGCUCAGCACCGUCUUCCUCCAAAAAGGGGAGGAAAACAGCUGUUGAGGGAGUUCACAGAGACGAAGUGCUGCGUGUUGUUGAUGAUUUGCAAUCACAGACUGUCUCUCCAGGGAGCUGGUUGCUAGAAAAAAGGGAGAGCAACACCUUUUUUAAAAAAGGGCAAGGAGCGAAGAGAGGAGAAGUGACCAAUCCGAAGCAAUGUUCGGCAUGAUCAGAAAUUCGCUCUUCGGAAAUUCCGAGGAGACCGAGUACAAAGUCCUCAGCAGCGAGACUAAGGAAAUCACCCUCAACCCUACCGUGAAACAUGGUGGUGGCAGCAUCAUGCUGUGGGGAUGCUUUACUUCAGAAUGGAUCAGGAAGCCGAAUGGAGUUCGCUUUGAGGUGAGACGUUACGAUGCUGCAGAAUACGCCGCCAUCUCCUCUGAAGGAAGAACCUAUGAUCAAGUAAUUGGGGAGCUGGUGCGGAAGCUGCUGACGUACAUUGGUGGAAACAAUGAGCAAGGUGAGGCCAUGGGGAUAGCAUUUCCCAUCAUCAUCACAGUAUACCCACGGAAUGAUGGCGUUUUCUCCCGACGUUUGGUAGUGGGCAUCCAGAUCCCCAUCGCCUACCAGCAAGACCCCCCAGCUCCCACUGACAGUGCUAUCAGGAUUGAGGAGCGGCCUGGCAUGACUGUAUAUGCUCUACAGUUUGGUGGCUUUGCAGGGGAGAGCGAGUAUCGGGCUGAGGCGUCCCGCCUGACGCGCACCUUGGGCAAGACAACCCCCUUUCAGCGCAAGCAGUACUUCUGCUGCAGCUAUGACCCACCACUAAAGCCUUAUGGGCGUAGAAAUGAAGUUUGGUUUCUACAGGAGGACCCGUGAAUGGCCAAUCAGUCACAUCUGAUGCUUAAUCCUCUAAAACAAUCUACACCAUUGUUAGGUUCAAAUUAAACAUACUUAACAUUUAAAAACAAACUAGAAUUAAUCUUAAGAAUGACCAAAAUUUAGGAAAGAAGCAAUCAUAUGAAACUAAAUUAGCUUCCACUUGUCGUGAAACAGUGUAAAUAAUUUAUUUUAUGGAGAAUUAUAUUUGUCUUUGAACCUAAUAAGUCCCUGUAGAGUUGAAAUGCCAAUGAGCUACAAUUUGCACAGCUUCAGUUUAAAUAAACAGUGACAACUACAGAGAAACGUGAAGACCUAACGUGGAAAAUGGCUGCAAAAGGAAACCUUUCUGAUUAAAAUACAGUGAAGUUUAACCAUAAAGUGGAAUAUGGCUUUAUAAAUGAGCUGUAAGGGGACUUUUGCUUGU